AUGGAGAAGGUACCCGAUUUGUGUUUUCCAGGUUUAUCUGCCAUCAGGGGUCCAAAAGCAGUGAGCGGCCUGGAGCGGGGCUCGUUGACUGUGCAGUGUCGCUAUGGCCAAGGGUGGGAGACCUACAAGAAGUGGUGGUGUCGAGGAGCUGAUUGGAAUCUCUGCACGAUCCUUGUUAAAACCACUGGGUCAGAGCAGAUGGUGAAGCAGGGCCGUGUGUCGAUCAUGGACAAUCAGAGAGACCACGUGUUCACCGUGACCAUGGAGGAGCUCAGACAAGAUGAUGCGGACACUUACUGGUGUGGGAUUGAGAGAACCGGAGUGGACCUGGGGGACAAAGUUAAAGUGACCAUUGACCCAGCACCAACUACAGUGUCGGACACCCCCACCACCAACACCACGUCCACAGCACCAGUCACCCCAGAAGAGACCCAAGUCUCCCCAACUGUGACCAGCCACCCCUCCAACAGCAGGUCCCUGCUCAGCAGCGUCCACUUCCUUCUCCUGGUCUUCCUGGAGGUGCCCUUGCUCUUGAGCAUGCUCGGUGCUGUCCUCUGGGUGAACAGGCCUCAGAGAAACUCUGGGGGGAUGCAGAGUCAGCUCGGUCACGAGAACCAGUAGCUCAUCGAUGUCUUGUCCAGAAAGAAAGACCCUCAAACAGAAGAAAAAGAAGUUUUUAUCAGGAAAUGGCUGUGGUCAGCAGUGACUGUGGUUCUAGAGGC